UAGGAAUCCCAGCAGCCAGGCAGCGUCUCCCAGUCCCUCUGUACUGGGAAGUAAGGUGUGUACAGAGACACGGCACAGGCCCCCCACAGGUGCGCAACACGGAUGACGCAAGAAUUUCUGUGACGCAGCUGAUGCCCAUAGCGCCCUAUCGCCAUGUCCGUCUAUACCGGAUUAUCUUGCAGCUGCUGUGCGGGGCCUAGAAAUGGAAGAUUCCCAAUGGAAACGCUGUGCGGGAACAGGAACAGACCCAGAUGGCGCACAUCUCAGAGACUGUCUGACUCUAGGACCACCAGCCGAGGAUCCAGCAAAGCUGAGAGUUACCUGGUUAUAUCACCUGGUUACAGUAUGAAGCGAUGCAAGGACUAUAUUGAAGUCAGACUGGAGGAGCGUGGGUUCGGGAAUGUUACCCCACCAGAAGAUGUAAAGCUGCCUCUUACUCACAGGCCCGGUAUACAAGGAAACUCCCCGAAGCCAAAGAAAGAGGGAAGAUCGCGGAUACGAGACGAUAUUGCGGCAGAUCUUCACGAUCAGAUCGCUAAACUGACCGCACUGCUAGAGCAAGAGGCGGCGGAACACCGGAACACGCAGAGAAGGAUGAGCAGAGAGCUGGCGGAGAGAGUUACAGCGCUGCACGCCAUGAAGGAGGAGGAAAUCAGGGUUCUGCAGGAGAAACACACCGACGAGCUCCGCGCAUUUCAACGCGAGGACAGCGCUAAACUUGCACAGGAGAGCGAAGAGGCUGCGAAGAGAUACGAAGAGCUGCAGAAAGAACUGAAUUGUCUGAAAGGUUCCUUUAAUACCUACCAGGAGAGUCUGGCGGAGGAGAUGGAGGAGGUCUGGCGGCAGCGGGAGGACAGGUGGAAGGAGACGUGUGAGGAACAGAAGCUGAUGGAGAUGUCCAAGCAGAGACAUUCCCUGCUGGAUAUGUUUGAGGUGGAGAAGAGAGAUAUCCAGAAGAGAGCACUGGAAGAGCAAGCCCUGAUCCAGCAGAGCCACGAGGCACACACUGAGGUACGUUCUGUAGAGCAGUGCAGUGAGGUCACUAGUAAUAUACGGCAUGUAUGGAUGGGCGCAGUGCAGUGA